UCCCUGAACUCACCUGGUGGAAUAAUCAGUCUGCUGAGUGCAAACAGAAAGCCAUUUCAUUUCUAUUGGAUAUGGUGCAGCGUGCAGCGGAAUAUGAAGAACAAACAGGACACAGAGUUCUGGAACCGUUACUGUCAGCUUUCAAUUUGAUUUUAGAGGAAGAGGACUUGGAUUAUUGGAAUGAGGCUAAAACUGAGUUUCUGCUAGAUUUAUAUUCUCUUGGGAAAGAAUAUGAAACAAAAACUGGAAAGAAAGUCCUGCAAACAUUAUUGCCAGUUUACCAGUCCAUUGAGAGAACAUGGAUUAUGGACUUGACCAAAAGAAAGGCCUCCCUCUUUCUUGAAAUAUUUACAUUCUAUAAAGUGAAGAGACCAGUAGAGCUGAGGAACUGGACAACUGAAGAGAGUGAAUUAAGAAGUUUCCUUGAGUGUCUUCAGUAUAUCUCAGAGCUGAGGAUGAAUGAAAUGCUGAUUAGAAAAGUGACAAGACUGCUAAUGUCAAGGAGACAGGAGAACCCAGUCACUGUUGAAGAAAUCACACUUCAUUUAUCAUCUGUUGAAAGGAAACCCAGAAGAGUGUCUAUGCUAGUGAGUAACCUGGCCUGCAUUCUGAGGCACUGGACGGUGAGCUGUUUGGACCUCAUUGCCUGCACAAUAGAAGGACAUUCACUCGUGGUUCUUCUUUGUCAGCAGAAACAUGUGACUAUCAAAUUAUCUAAAGAGAGUCUGCAGCAACUGGCUUUAGCAGUUUAUGAAGCACAAGAGGACACGCUAGCAGCAUCAUUCCUGGAGAAAGUGGAUAAUGACCUCACCCCAUGCAACCUGAUCUGGGAAGUACUUCACUUUCUAUUGCAACAUGCCAGACAGAGGGUCAGAGUGAAUUUCAGGAAGUCAAAACUUCAGAACAACAUAAAAGAACUGACCCCUUUAUUACCCCAAAUUCACGCUUUAAGGUAUUGUCAGAUUUGUACUUACUACUUUUAUUACUCUGAGCACACUCUUAAACUCAGGUGAAGUUUAAGGAGGACAGAGAUGUAUUAAACGCAUGCAAGUGGAUUGUUCGAAAAUCACACAGACUCAUUUAAUUUGAAGUUUUAAUGAAUCAGGUCUAAUGCCCUUGUGAACUCUACAGUCUCUCUGUAAAUAAAUACCUCUGGUUAUUACUGCAGUACAACUUAAAUAAAUGCAACACUGUGGUUUUUUUAGUUUUAAAUGUAAUUCUGUCCCACAGUUGCUUUUUCUUUUGUAAUACAAAAGCCUCCGUAUUUUUGGCUCAUAAACAUCAUCCUAAU